ACUGGAGCACAGAUCCUAUGUUUGCAACUCCCUUCUUUGCCUCCCUCUUUUCCCAAGAUCGCUUCCUAGUUCUUCUGCGAUGCCUGCAUUUUGUCAACAAUGCUACUGCCAUCCUAAGUGACCCGUUAUACAAAAUAAGAAAUGUUCUUAUCAGCCUGACAUCAGCAUUUGGUCGGGUCUUUGUGCCAUACAAGGACCUAUGCAUUGAUGAGUCCCUGAUGUUAUGGAAAGGUAGGCUGGCGUUCCGUCAAUAUAUUCCCUCCAAAAGGCACAGGUUUGGAGUCAAGUUCUUUGUCAUGUGCGACGUGAAGACAGGAUUUGUCCAGGAUAUUAUAGUUUACACAGGGUCCACCACUGACAUCAAACAUUAUGAUGGGCUUGGGGUGUCAGGGUCCGUGGUGAUGACCAUGCUGGCUCCUCAUCUCGGCAAGGGACACACUUUGUACGUGGACAAUUGGUACAGCAGUCCCACACUCUUCCAGCAUCUGCUCUCCAACAGCACAGGGGCAUGUGGCACAGUCAGGUCGAACAGGAAGGGGAUGCCGGCAUUCGGAUGCAGGAAGAUGCAGAGAGGGGAGGUGGAGUUCCAAGAGAACGGUCAACAGCUGGCAGUAAAGUGGCAUGACAAGCGAGACGUCCAUGUCCUCUCCACUGUCCAUACAGCAACCAUGUCGGCCACAGGGAAGGUGGACCACCUGACCGGAGAGAGAAAGAUCAAACCAGAUUGUGUGCUUGAUUAUAACCUCAAAAUGGGGGCCGUGGAUAAGGCAGACAUGAUAAACAGCUUUGUGGAAUGCACACGGAAAACGAACAAGUGGUAUAAGAAGAUAUUUUUCCAUCUGAUCGACACUGCUGUCCUCAACGGCAGCAUAGUUCACCGCCAACUAACAGGUAAAGUAAUUACCUACCAAAAAUACAGAGAGAACCUCAUGAGAGAGCUGCUGGAGGAGCACCACACCCUCGGCGCCCAUCCACUGGGGGUCGUCCUGCUGUAG